AUGUCUCUUUUUAAUAAUAGAAAUAUAAAUAUAAGACAAAUAUCUCAACAACAACAUCAACAACAACAGCACCAACAACAACAAGAGCAAGUUUCUAAUAAAUCAAAAAUUAAUGUAGAACAAAGAUCAUUCAUCCAACAACCACAACAACAACAACAACAACAACAACAACAACAACAACAACAACAACAACAACAACAACAACAACAACAACAACAACAACAACAACAACAACAAUCACAACCAAAGCCAGUACAACCACAACAACAACCACAACCACAGCAACAAACACAACCACAGCAACAAAUACUACAAAUACAACAACAACAGAGAGUAAAUCAAAAUAAAAAAAAUAAUCAAACAACACCAUUAAAAUCCAAUAAACAAAAUAUUGUAUAUGGUGGAAAUUCUGAUAAUAAAGCACAACAACAUAACCCAUUAUCUCUUAGCGAUUUUAAAACAAGUAGACCACAAGUUGAAGGAAAUAAUAUACAACAAAUAAUCCAACCACAACAAUCAAAUGAAAAAAUUACUCAACCAAAUAGUAAUUUUCAAACUAAAUUAACAAAAAACAAUAAUUCACCUGGUAGAGUCAAUAGUUCUGAAUCAAAAAUUAAUUCUAAACCAUUAUCUCUAAGUGAUUUUAAAUUAAACAAUAGUUUACACUCUUCUUCUAUUUUACGUAAACAACAACAACAACAACAACAACAACAACAACAACAACAACAACAACAACAACAACAACAACAUCAACAACAGCAACAACAUGAACAAUUUGAACAGUUUGAACAAUAUAAUUCAGAUAGCUCACCAAAUUAUAAAGAUACACCAAUCCCAAAUAGGGUUAAAGAUACUGCAGAACUAUCACCAGUUUCAAUGGAUCAAACUGAAAUUAAUUCGUCAUCAUUUUUAAUAGAUAAUGAAGACCCAUUUAUUCCACAAAAAUCAUUUGAUUCAACAUUAUAUUUACAAAAUUCAAAUCUUAGUUUAGAUCUUCAAGAUGAUUUCAAUAGUAAAUCUGAUUUACCAGAAUACCAUCUUAGUGUUGAGCAACAAGAAGAUAUCCAAGACCAAUUACUAUACUAUGAUGAGGAAAUAAUACAACAACCACAACACCAACAACAACAACAGCAACAACAACAGCAACACCAUCAACUAUUUGAUGAUUUUACCAAUGAACAACCAUCAUCAAUAUUAUUUAAUACACAAAAUAGUACAACAACUGUUACUAAUAGUUUUAUGAAUAAUGCUGGACUCUUUACAUCAAAUUUUAAAAAUUUAUCAACCAAACAAUCGUUACCAAAUAUCAAUAAUAAUCAAAAUAAUCAAAAUAAUCAAAAUAAUAAUAAUAAUAAUAAUAAUCAAAAUAAUAAUCAAAAUAAUAAUCAAAAUAAUAAUCAAAAUAAUAAUAAUAAAAAUAAUGAUGAUAUAAUUAAUUCAAUAACAAUUGAUAAUAAUAUUGAUGUAACACAAACAUUAUUUUAUAAUAUUCUUAAAACUGUUGGAGAGAUUGAAAAUAGACAUUUUAAUAAUCAAGUAACAAUUGAUUCAUUAAAUGAAGAUUUAGAGAUUGCAAAUAAGAAAUUAUUAAAAUCAAUUGAAACUUUUAAGAAAUUAUCAGUUCAAAAGUAUGCAUUACAAAUGAGAUUUAAUGAAUUGGAUAAUACAUUUUCAAAGAUUCAAUUUCAAUUUAAAACCACUGGUGUAAUGUCAACAGAAAAUCAAACAACAAUUAAAUUAUUGCAAAAUAAAUUACUCUCAAUGGAGGAUGAUAUUUCAAAAUCUGAAAAGAAUUUAAUGGAUUUAAAUGAACAAAGAGAUAGUUUAUUAAAGUUAAAUGAAAGAUUGGAAAUUGAACUAUGUGAUUUAAAAGAGAAAACCAAUGAAAAGGAACAAACUUUACAACAAAUCUCUAUAGAUUUAAAGGAAUUUAAAAAGAAUCAUGAUAAUGAAGUUGAUAAUUUAAAUAAUACAAUAUUAAAGAAUAAAUUAGAUUAUAGUAAGAUUGAAGGUGAAUUAAAAUAUUUAAUCAAUAAACAAAAAUCAAUUGAAUCUGAUCGUUCAAACAAAGAAAUGGAAUUAGAGGAGUUAAAAGAAAAAUCCACUAAAACAAUCAACCAAUUAACAAAUGAUUUAACAACAACAAAAUUAGAUUUACAAAAUAAAGAGGGUGAUAUAACAAUAUUGAAAUCAGAAUUAUUGGAAAGAGAUGAAUCAAUUAAAGAUCUUCAUUCUAAAAUCAAUUCAUUGGAGAAAAAGAAUCAAGCAAUGGAGAAUCAUUAUGCUUUAGAUAAAGAGAAAUUUAAUAAUUUACAAUUGAAAUUUGAAAAGUUAACAUUCGAAAGGGAUAAUCUAUCGGAUCAAAUUUUCUCAAAAGAUCAAACCAUUGAUGAUUAUAAUAAAAGAAUUCAUUCAAUUGAUCAAGAAUUUAAAAAAAAUUCACAAGAAAUUCAAGCAAACUCAUUAAAGAAAAUCAAUCAAUUAGAAAAAGAAAAACAAGAUACUUUGGAAAAGUUCAAUUCAUUAUUAAAUGAAAAAGAAUCAUUACUUCAAGAGUUUUCAACUCUUUCAAAAGAUUCCACUGAAGUCAUUCAAAAGAAUCAUUCUUUACAAUCACAUGUUGAUUCAAUUGAAAAUCAAAAUAAAUCAUUACAAUUGGAAUUAAAUCAAAUCAUUAAAAGUGAACAAGAUAAACAAUCUCAAAUUGAAAAUUUAACAAUAAAUUUUAAUCAAAUAAAACUUGAAAAGGAUAAUUUAGAAGAAUUAAUAACUUCAUUAAAUAAUCAAUUACAGAAUCAAUCUCAACAAAUUCAAUCAUUACAACAACAACAACAACAACAACAACAACAACAACAACAACAACAACAACAACAACAACAACAACAACAACAACAACAACAACAACAACAACAACAACAACAGCAACAACAACUUCAACAACAACAGCAACAAUUGCUACCUCAACAAAAACUAAAACAACAAACAGAGUUUUUAGAUGAACCAAAUUUUCUUUUAGAUCAAAGUCCAACUUCAAUUCCAAAUAUAAUGUUUAAUGAAACAGUUAACAAUAACAAUAAUAAUAGUGUUGUUAAUAAUAAUUUAGGUCAUGAUGUUAACUCACCACCAAUUCCAUCCUAUUCUCUUCCACCACCACCAUCAAUAGCAGUAUCUAAAGGAAGAAAACCAAAACAAUUAGAUUUACAAUACCCAUAUGAUAAUAUUCCACUUGGAAAUAGAAAAAGGUAA